AUGAAUCCCGCCGGCAUUGAACCGAAUACUCCCCUACACCACCGAAUCUCAACAUGGAGCCGCUCCACGACGCAUCCUGCCCGUGCAGAUAUCCCCUACUAUGAGCCCAAGGGGCGGGCGACAAACGAAGAUAUUGGCACCAUCGAAAUGCGACCGCCUCGUCGGCCACUCGACCACCACCGCUCUUUACCCAAGCUCCGCACCCAACUUCGUUCUGAAUGCUUUGGAAACUACGGUGCGGAUGGUGCUCUUCGUGGCCGACAGCAUACUCACAGCCAGAGGUCCGAUGGCCCUGCUGCCAUCAGCUUCGACUUUCCGGUUCGGCUGGGCCAUGUGGAAGGCACGUCCUGGGACUUCGAGGACGUCUCGAGAAACGCCUCUUGGACUAGCAUCAGCGAGCCAUCCGAUACAGGCAUGUGCAAUGAAAGGGCUGACUCUUCCAACACAUCUGGUCAGUGCCCGUCGACUCGCGAGGCUUCUUUUCGAGGGCUUCGGUGGUCUGGCUGGCCGUUCGCGAAGAAGUGA